AUGUCUAAUGCUUAUGCAAUGAGCGAUGGUCGCCCUGUAAGUGGUCAAUUGAAGAAGUUUGUGUUUCGUGGAAAAUCUUCCUCCAACGGAGACACGCGAGGUGAAUACCUUGAGAUUAUUAUACCGGAGUUACUUUCCGCUGGCUACUCGUUUUACACGUGGCCUUCUGCGCCUCUCCUCGCUUGGUAUUUGUGGACACAAAGGCGGCAUAUACGCGGUCUACGGGUAUUGGAACUCGGUUGUGGUACUGGUUUGCCUGGAAUUCUAGCGGCAAAGUGCGGUGCACGUGUGACUCUUACGGACUCCGUAGCGUUACCGCGGUCGUUAAGACACUUGUCGGCGUGUUGUGAAGCUAACGGCCUAGUCCCAGGUCGUGAUGUCCAAAUAUUAGGUCUCGCCUGGGGUCUUUUCUUAACAGACGUACACAAUCUACGCCCAGUUGACUUAUUGUUGGCUUCCGACUGUUUUUACGAACCAACACAAUUUGAAGAAGUUUUGUCCACAGUUGCUUACCUUCUGGACGGAACUGACGCUCGAUUUUUGUGUGCUUAUCAGGAACGCAGUGCCGACUGGUCUGUUGAAGCCCUACUGAAGAAGUGGGGACUAAAGGGAGCUGUUCUGGACUUGGACUCGCUGAGUGAAAGCUCGGGCGUCGACUACAGGGUGUUGAUAGGCGAACGAACGUUGCACUUGCUUGAAAUAGUACCCGAAUAG